CUAGCUAAGGCUUUUGUUUUGAAAAGAGAAGUUCAUAACCGGAAGUGUCGGUGUUGUUUUGAGUAUAUUUCCUUACGUGGUGGCUUGAUGACAACAGUCGGAGUCGGGAAGUGUACCUUAGCUGAAGUUUUGUGUUACAUAUUUUUUUUCCAACCUUCUUUGUGAGAUGGACACAAUAAUAUACAUUUUUUUGCUGUGAAGUAACAAGAGAUGGGGCGAAAUAAAACGGCCUGUCUCCUGAAUCAGAACCUCUGCAUCAGCAGCCUCAAAGUCAUUCGUCAAAUCCUCUUCAAGCACUUCAUGAUGAUCUUUUUCACUGACUUCAUGUCAUUAUGUCCUAGCAGCUAGUAGUCCCUGCUCUGUCCAUCAACCCUAUUCAUUCUCUGGACCCCCUUUCCCGUAGACGCCUCCUAUCUUCGCCCCUGAUGUGGGGAUCCUCUAGUGGGACUCCUGGCAUCAUGAGCAGUUUGCAUCAGCAUCCCUAUGGCAGGUCAGGCUCAGAGCGGGACCUUCACUCUGCUGCCUCCUCUGUCAGCCUUCCCUCUGUGCGAAAGACUCCUAAGAAACGCCGUCUGUCUCUCCACUCCCUCUUUGGAAGAAGACGGCGACCUGACCGUGACCCCAGGCGAAAGUUGAGGGCGUCGCAGUCAGGAGGUGGUGCAGAUGGCAUCGUUAGCAUCGAAAGCACACAAUCGGAGACUUGUCACGACAGAACGUCAACCUAUUCUCCAGUAGAUGUAGCCUCAACCUCCUCAGGCUGUUCCCCAGAGCUGAUGGAGUGCCCUCUGUGUUUACUGCGUCUGCCACGCGAGCGCUUCCCGGACAUCAUGACCUGCCACCACCGAUCCUGCGCAGACUGUCUGCGGCAGUAUUUGCGCAUUGAAAUCUCAGAGUCACGGGUCAACAUCAGCUGCCCCGAGUGUUCAGAGCGCUUCAAUCCCCACGACAUCCAGAUGAUCCUCGGAGACCGAGCGCUCAUGGAAAAGUAUGAGGAGUUCAUGCUGAGGAGGUGGUUGGUGGCCGAGCCCGACUGCCGCUGGUGUCCUGCCCCGGAUUGCGGCUAUGCAGUCAUUGCUUUUGGCUGCGCCAGCUGCCCGAAGAUCACCUGUGGGCGUAAGGGCUGCGGGACGGAGUUCUGCUACCACUGCAAACAGCUGUGGCAUCCCAACCAAACAUGCGACACGGCACGUCAGCAGAGAGCCCAGAACCUCCGGCUGAGGGCUUUCAGGUCCUCGUCUCUCAGCUACAGCCAAGAAAGCGGAGCAGCAGGUGAUGACAUCAAACCGUGCCCUCGCUGCUCAGCCUACAUCAUCAAGAUGAAUGAUGGAAGCUGUAAUCACAUGACCUGCGCCGUCUGCGGCUGUGAGUUUUGUUGGCUGUGCAUGAAGGAGAUCUCUGACCUGCACUAUUUAAGUCCGUCAGGCUGCACCUUCUGGGGAAAGAAGCCGUGGAGCAGGAAGAAGAAGAUUCUGUGGCAGCUUGGCACCUUGGUGGGCGCGCCUGUGGGUAUCGCCCUCAUUGCUGGCAUCGCCAUCCCAGCAAUGAUCAUUGGCAUCCCGGUGUAUGUGGGUCGAAAGAUCCAUAAUCGCUAUGAAGGCAAAGACAUCAACAAACACAAGAGGAACCUGGUGAUCGCUGGUGGAGUGACGCUGUCGGUGCUGGUGUCACCCGUGGUUGCUGCAGUCACUGUUGGUAUCGGUGUUCCCAUCAUGCUUGCGUACGUCUACGGAGUGGUGCCCAUUUCCUUAUGCCGGAGCGGCGGCUGCGGCGUUUCUGCCGGAAAUGGCAAAGGAGUACGGAUUGAGUUUGACGAUGAAAAUGACAACAUAGGCAGUGGCGCCGCAGCAACAGACACGACUUCAGUGGCUGAGACUCGGCUCAACAAUCCCAGCCUCGGUGACGCGGCGAGCGUUGGUGGUUUGACGGGCCUGAGUGUGAGCGGAACCCACAUGGAACGCUGCGGCGUGAGCACCGCUCAGCGGGACAACAUGAGCGACAACGCCAGCACCACGGCCCUAGCCGGGACCAGCAUCACUGGAAGCCUGUCUGGCAGCUGCUACAACAGGAUGGAGGUGCAGGCCGACGUCCAGAAGGAGCGUUGCAGUCUGAGCGGCGAAUCGGCAACCGUCAGUCUGGGAACUAUAAGCGACAACGCCAGCACAAAAGCCAUGGCGGGAUCUAUCCUCAAUGCCUACACGCCUCUGGAAAGAGAUAACAGUCUGGAGGUGCAGGCAGACGUGGAGUCAAAACACGGAAAGGUGAGGCACGGCAGCGCCAGCAGCAGCCUGGAUGAAGCCAACUGCAGCAGCAGCAGCACGGCGGGGGUUAAAAGAGCCAGCAGUCUCUCUGGCUGCUCCGGCGCUCAGCCCAGCAACUCCUGCUGCACCUCACCGCCUUGCUCUGAGGAGCCUUCCACGUCAGCGGGUAAGACCUCCAAGAGUCAGCUUUGGAAGGCGAGCAGCAGCGAAGAAGAGGAGGCAAAAGCGAACGAAUCGCAGGGGGAGAUGGACACUCAGAACGUGGAACAGCGCAGCACCAACUCUUCCGAGUUUGAUUCGCCGUCCUUGAGCGGCAGCCUCCCGUCUGUGGCCGACUCGCACUGGAGCUGCUUUUCGUCAGAGCACUUUUCUUCAUCGCCACUUUCUUCACCCAGAGAAGGAAGCAACAACACCUUCCUGUACAUCAACGAGGAGAGUGUCGACGGCGCGGUGGAGGCACUGCCGAGGAGACUCAACCAGGAAGCUUCCAGAAACAUUUCUGCACAUCCUGUGAGCCCAGUGAGGAAGCACUGUAUACAAACAGACAUCUAAGCUCGCCGCCGUCCACUGUCGGGCCUUGAAAGGUGGUCUUUAAUCACGUGAGGUGACUGCAGGAGUGAAAGCGGGGAUGCAAGGACUCAGAGGACCAGUGAAGUAGGAAAGCAGAGGGCAGCUGAAAGGAUCAGAACAGAUUUGUGGCAAGUAGAACUGAACGGGGCUGGAGUUAGCCGUGUGUGGAAGUGAGGCGAUGUGCUGCAGAACUGAGUCAAAACCCAUCCCAGACCAAAACCCUGAAAUAACCUAGUUUCUGCUUUAAAAACAACAAAAAGAAGGAAACUGACCCGAUCCAGUGCUUUGGAGGACGUAACCUGAGGUGCUAUGACUUCACCGAAAUCUUUUCUUCUUUAAUCCAGCCAAAAGAAUACUGUCUGGUUUCUCUCCCCCAUUGUUCCACCUUCAUUCUUUUGAUGCAUCAGUUGAGUUUCUGGGAGGGACCACUUCAUAGAGUAGCAGAAGUAUAUUUUCUAUAAUCAAAGUUAUUCCGUAGGUCCUUUUUAUUGACAUUUUUUGUUUCGUUUUUCACUUUGUGCUGGAUUUCUUUCUUUUUUUUUCCUUUUUGGGAAAGUUAAAAUGUUGAAACCCUUUUUUAUUGGGUCCAACCUUUUUACUACAGUAUAAGAAAAAUAUAUAUAACUUCUAAUAAAUACUGUUGAUAACUAACUUUGGCUGCACAGAUUUCAAUUUCAUGCACAUUUAGCAAUUAUAAAGGUGUAUUUAAAGUAAAUGUCUAGUAUUUUCUUCAAAUAUAAAUGCAAUAUUUGUUCAUAAAACAACUCUGGUCAUAGUUCUUUAUUUAAAAAUAACAAAAUCAGCAACAAAAUCCAGAAACUGAACCAAAGUAUUUGCAAUUAUCAAAAUAACUACAUAUAAAGAUAUGACCUUUUUUGUGAACAAGAAAUUCUCUUUCUAUUCAAACAGUCACCUUUUAUUAUUAUUUUUUAGUUGUAAAUGUAAAAUGUUGAUUAUUAUGGUGUAUACAAAUGAUUAUCUUUGAGCUGUCGACUUCAAUCACAAAAUGAUUUCAUUUUAUUAUUAAUUUCUUUGCUGAAGACUGAUGCAGGAAAUUUUAUAUGAAUCAAACCGAUUGUGCCUUUUUGGAGAAGCUUGCUGUGUAUAGUUUUUAUUUCUUUUGUGCAUUUUUGUCUAAAUAAGACGAUAUCAAAUGAGAAUUGAUUAUAUUUGCCUCAGAAAACGCAUAAACUGGCAUAAUCUACCAAAAACUGGAAUGAAACCAGCAGAAUCUUUUUUUUUUUUUCAAUCUCAAACAACUGGUUUGGUUUUGUAAACAAGAUUCCCCAGAUAAAGCCGAAGUUUCUUUCCAGAAAAUCAGCGAAAGUGGGCGAUAAAAUGUGUUCAUGUCUGUCCGCUUCAUGAGUUUUACUCUGCAGUGACACUAAAACCUGAGCGGAAGAUUUGCUAAACCUAAAAUCCAACCAGUUUGACACAUUUUCACCCUGUAUGCUUUUUAUUUCUUUGCCCUAUUUGUAACUUUGUUAAAAGAAGCAUUUGUAUUUAAGAAAUAUUUCUGAAUUAUGCUUCAAAAUGUGCAUAUAAAUGCAUAUCACUGAAAAAAAUUAUAAAGAAA